GUCAUUAAUGUUUCACAUAAUUGGUUACGAAAUGCUCGUUUAAAUGUCAAUACCGAUGAUGUUAAUAUUGAUAACAAUGCUGAUUCACUAUUUAAAUGUAACAAUAAAGCGGAACAACUGAUAAUCUUUGAUCUAAGCUAUAAUCAAAUUCGAUCAAUUGGUGACAAUGAUUUAAUCCAACUUGUCGCAAUACGACAACUUUUAUUAGCUAAUAAUCAAAUUAGCUUUAUUAAUCGUAAUGCAUUAAAAGCAUGCACAUUACUACAACAAUUACAUGUCGGAAAUAAUAGCAUCGAAGAGUUACCUGUUAUGCCAGAAACAUUAAAUCAUUUGGAUAUUGGUUGGAAUCGUUUAAGUAUUAUUCCAUCAACAAUUGCUAAUUUACCAAAUUUAUUAUUUUUAAAUCUUAGUGGAAAUGCUAUCGAUGCAAAUACUCCAUUUCCAAUUAUUAGCUCAACAUUGCAAACUAUUGACCUCAGUCGAAAUCGUCUUGAAUUUAUACCAGAAAAUUUAUUUUCAAGUAGUUCACAACAAUUGCAACAUUUUUUACUCAGUUAUAAUCGAAUUACACAAUUGGAAUCUUUAUUGUUCCAAAAUUACUCAAACCUACUAAUG